GUAAAGUCCAAACACCGACCACUAAACACACAACCAACAACCCGCCUUUUUGUGGCUUGUCUCUCCUUUUCUCCCCCUGCUGCGCAUUUGUUUGCUUACCAGGACUAUCCCCCCCUUUCUCUCCUUUAUUCACUGGUAGAGAACGCUCUCUCCUUCGUCACCGACAACUUCCCGUUUGCUGAAUCUCCGUCUCUUUCCGUAACCCAUGCGGCAUGCCGUCUAACCUCCAGCAGUCUCUGUUGGACAGUGAUUGACUUUUUACUGUGUUCUAAAACCCCCUCAAUAUGCAAUCAUCCUCACGAUCAGAAGGCGCGAUGACCGCCAAGCUGGACAACGACAGCUUCGUUGCCUUUGACCAUGCCGCUGCCGGACAUGAAGGUGUCCAGUGUACUGUAUCCGGUUCCUUUAUCGCAAAGCCAUGCACCCCCCAAGAAGUGGCGUUCUACGAAUCCAGCGCCCUCCACCCGGCAUUCCAAGAGUUCCUACCCACCUUCAUCGGCACGUUGACCUCCGCGGAUGAGCAGCAGUCUCUGGCUCUCGCCGCGGCCCAACAAGCCGGCGCCAUCGUGCUGCCGGACUCGGAAUAUUCUUCUAUGUCGGACGCUCCCACGGCACCUCCCCCAUCCCAAACUACCGCGGCGGCGGCGGCGGCGACUACGAAGACUGAGACGACCGGCUCAACCAGUGCUGCACCUGCAGAGUCGCCUUGGGUUCCCUCCGGCGGGAAGAAGCUCGAGACGGGCCUGUCGAUUGUGCUGGAGAAUGUGGCUGCAGGCUUCAAGCGACCCAACGUGCUGGAUGUGAAGCUGGGGGUUAGGCUCUGGGCGGACGACGCGCCGCCCCUGAAGCGCGCAAAGUUGGAUGCCGUGUCCAAGGAAACGACAAGCUCGACGCUGGGGUUCCGGAUAGCCGGAAUGAAGGUCUGGACCGGCGUGAGCGGAGAGACCGACGCAGGCGGUCGCACCGAUCCCUACGCGACGAAAUACGAGGGCUCCGAGGGGGCCAAGGGACAGGUCAUCGAGAAGGACGGCUACAAGCGCUACGACAAAUGGUAUGGCCGGUCGCUCACAGAGAGCAACAUCAAAGACGGGUUCAGGACGUUCCUGGCGGGCGCCAAAGCCGGGGCUGUGGAUCGGUCCCAGCUGGUCGCGAGACGGCUGGCCGAGGAACUGAAACAUGUGCAGGAAGUUCUGGAGUCGGAGGAAAGUCGGAUGUACUCGUCGAGUGUGUUGAUUGUCUACGAAGGCGAUCCAGACGCCAUGGAACAGGCAUUGGAAGAAGAGCAGAGGCCCAGACCGGAGCGGGCCGAGGAGGAAGACGAGGAUGAGGACGAGGAGGUGGAGUUUGCAAUCCCGUCGGACGGCUCUUUCCAGGUGGUUGACAUUCCGCUCGGCCAAGGGAGCGUGUCUCACCAGGCCAUCAACAUUAAUCUCGGACCUGAGGUCGCAGAACUGGGGGAGCUAGAUCUGGAUGAGGACGAAGAGGAUCCUCCGAAGGUGCAUGACCUCCGUCUGAUCGACUUUGCGCAUGCGAGCUGGACCCCCGACCAGGGGCCGGACGAGAACGUCCUGAAGGGGAUCCGGAGCCUGACUCAGAUCCUGGACGAGCUUGCAUUGGAAUAAUUGUACGAAUUUUUAAGUCGAAAAUCACUACAGUCGCUGGCGGCUCUAGGAUCAGAGCGAUGACAGGGCGAUUCUGUCAUCGCCCACUGUAAGCGUUAUACAACACACGAGAAUCUAGCUUAGCUAAAAUGAAACAACCUAGCAAUUAAAGCAGAUUGGCA